AAUCAUGUGUAAUCUCGUUGAGUUUAGAGCCCCACUCCUAGCGAAAGAAUGAUUUAGGUCAUGCUGGAACUGCUCUGAUUAUGAUAGCGUUUAGUUUUUCCACUAGCAGUUCGUAUGAAACUACCAACGUUGAUGUAACGUAUUUAAUCUACUGCGACAGAUAAUUUUUUAUCACUCAUAUCUACAUAUAUCGGAAUAUCAUGUUUUUAUUAGAAUUUAUUUUGUAAUAACCUAGUACAGCUGACUAUUGCGUAGAAGAUAAGCAAACAGGCAAUUAUGGAUCGUUGGCUUGGUAAAACCGCAGUCGUUACUGGUGCUGGAUCCGGCAUCGGUGAAGCAAUUACACAUGCUCUUCUGCAAAACGGAAUAAACGUGGUUGCUCUGGAAGUCCAGAAAGGAAGAUUAGCAAAACUCGAUGCGGAAUGUAAGCGGGAAGGUUUCCCGGGCAAGUUAUAUACCAUAUGCUGUGAUAUAACUCACGAGGAUGAAAUCGAUGCAGCAUUCUCGCAUAUCGAGACGUUGGGUGGUGUGGAUAUUAUGGUUAACAAUGCUGGCAUCGUUGCAUUAUCACGAGUAAUAGAGAGUAACAGGAAGACAUUUGAAAGACUGUUAAAUAUUAAUGUCCUCGCAGUCGCCGUGUGUACGAACAAAGCAGUGCAUUUGAUGCUCAAACGAAACGUUGAAGGACAUAUUUUCAAUAUCAACAGUGUUUUGAGCCAUUAUUUACCACUGGAUGAUAUGCCUGACUUUAAUUUAUAUCCCACUACUAAGCAUGCAUCUCUUGCUCUGACUAAUACAGUACGAGGAGAAAUAGCGAAAAUUAAGGCUCCUAUUCGAAUUACCGGCAUUAGUCCUGGUAUUGUAAGCACGAACAUAGCUAUGGAUGCAGUAAAUGACUUUUUGGAGAAAGCACCAAGUCUUCAAUCGAAAGACAUAGCGGAUGCGCUCAUUUAUGCUCUGGGAACACGACCAGAAGUUCAGAUUACGCAGAUUACUAUCCAGCAUACCGGGGAGUUACCAUGAAGAUUAUCUUUAGUAAGAAGUCUAUUAAUGCAUCAACAACUUUCCAAGAAACUU